AUGGAGACGACAUGCAAGGAGGAUGUUCCUCAAGUACGUUUCCCAUCACCUACUUCUUCCAAGUCGAUGACGACCUCGCCGCAAAAACUGUCGAUCUUGGGCGACAUCACCGCCGAGCCCUUGUCUGCACGCCGUUCAUUUAACGAUGUGUCAAAGGUGAGGGAACCUGAUGGACGCUGGUGCCGGAAGUUUCUUUCAACGUACUUCCGGUGUGAACUCUGUCAGAAUGUAGUGACGGACCCUGUGCAGAUUUUACCGAAUGUGCUGUUGGUGUGCAGGCGAUGCGCCCUCUCGAGGCGUGUGCCAUCAAAGGACCUGCAAGAACUUCCAGUUAGCUUGACGAGGGCUUUUGAGGAUUUGUACGAGGGACAGAGGGAAGUCCAGCUGCCGUCAGCCAGCCGAAUGAGUGAGAUAGGAAGGGCGAGCACAACCUCGGAUGAAGCCAUAUGCAAGAGAAGAAUGGUACGAGUGAAGCGCCCGGAUGCGGUGCAGGAGGGUAGUGACCAUAGUCAAACUUUCCCGCUAGCAGCUUCUAUUAACGGUACACUGAAUGCCUCAGGGCGGUCAUCAGUGCCUCUUCUACUUAACAAGGCGCUGUGCGAACUGGAAAACAAAGAAUACUGUAUGCGGGUAGAAAUAGAGUCUGCUGAGGCUUCUGGUGCACUGGAGCUGAAGAAGAGCUACAACUCCGAUAUGCGAAAGAUAACCGCACGCAGCUGCGGGACCAGCAAAACAUUGAAAACGGACGCAGAUCAAAAGUAUGAACAGGCUGAAUAUACCCUGGCGCUGGAGCUGUACACGAAGGCAAUUGAGCUUCAGCCCCGUGAUCGCCUCACUCGUCUUACCGCUUUGUAUGGAAACAGGAGUUCUGCCUACUUCAUGGCCAUGCGGUAUGCUGAGUGUAUAGCGGAUUGCAUGAAGGUGGUUGAGCUGGACCCGAACAAUGUGAAAUUGUUCGCUCGUGCAGCAAAGGCUGCAGCCAUCAUGGGUGACCUCACCGCGGCUGUGUCCCACAUGGAAUCGAUUCCGGAGGAACGUGUUACACCCAAUAUCAUUAGUGAAAGGGAAAAGUAUAAAAAUGGACUUGACACGUACAAACGCGCUGAGUCAUCCUUUGGAAAAUCUGAUAGUGACGAUGCUUGGCAGAUGCUUGUUGCCCAAUUCAGUGACACCAUCUUUUUUCGCAUCCGCUACGCUGAGUCGUUGCAAAACCAGAAACGAUUUUUGAAGGCAGUUGAGGUGCUUGACGUCGUUCCGCAGGAACGCAGGACCCCCAAACUCCUGUACAUUAUGGCUGCUUGUCUUUUUAUGUGCGGGUUUGAACACUUUGAUAAGGCACGCACUUGUUUAGAGGAUGUCCAGCAAUUGGACGAAAACUGUGCCCAGUUGUUGAAGGUCCUGAAUAUAGUAGAUGAGGGCAAGCAGAAGGGGAACCAGUACUUCCAGCAGAAGAAGUUUGUAGCUGCUAUGGAGCACUACACUACAGCCAUCGGCGCUGCGGUAAACAACAAUCAGAUAUUGCGCAUCCUCUACUGCAAUCGAGCUGCGUCCUACAAGGAAGUAGGAAAAUAUCGUGAAGCCAUUGAAGAUUGUACCAGAACCAUUCAGCUCGACCCAGCCUUCUCUAAGGCUUACGCGAGGCGUGCGCGGUGCCAUCAGGCACUUAGUGACUUUGCUUCUGCUAUCCGUGAUUUCAAGGCGGCGAUAAAGUACGAUCCGAACGAUCAGGAGUUGCCACGGGAGCUCCGGAGUUGCGAGCAGAGCAUGGCGAAGGAAGGCGAACGUGAGAGGGACUAUUACUACGUUCUGGGCGUCAGUCGUAAUGCUACCGAACGCGAAAUUAAGGCAAGGUAUCGUGAACUCUCACUCCGCUGGCAUCCGGAUAAAUGCAUGUCACUCCCAGAAGAGGAGCGUGUGGUUGCGGAGCGCAAGUUUAAGAUUAUUGUGGAGGCGCACACGACGCUUAUCGAUGCCGUAAAGCGGCGGGACUACGACCUUAAAAUGGAGAAGGAACGGCUGACGCGAAGUGGCGGAUUCGGUGGAUUUAAUGGUUACAGUUCAGAAACGUUCCGUGGGCAUUCUAAUCGUUUCCGUCAAGGCAGUAGUGGAUUUUGGUGA